UGAAAGUACACUGAAUCAGGAAAUUGCGUUUGAUGGAGGAAAACGAGGCGGAUUAAAUGCCAGCCCGUUGUUUUAGUUUGAUUUCACGAGCAGUUUUGUUCUGUAACUCAAGAUGGCCCAAAGAGUCCUGCAGCAGAGAAUCGAGCUGGAGAGAGGUGUCAGGAGAUUUCGGGAGGUGUUCCAGGGCAAGGUCUCCCUGGAGCUGGUUGUCCUGCUGAUGAAACGAUAUUUCAGCAACUUCUCACUCAUUACCAAGUACCUUAUCCUGAUGGUCACAGAUGAGGAUACAGAGUUGGACGCUGAUGAUAGAAAAGAGAUUGAUAAUGAUCCCAUAGUCAAGGCAGUUAUUAAGAAGCUCCGAGAUGAAGAAAACGAGGCGAAGACCAAGGAAGUGGUGUCAGAAUUGACGGAAAAGAAUCUGGAAUUGUUAAACCUGGCCAAUGAAAAGUUAAUCCCAUUCGAGGAGAGGCAGUUCUCCUGUAAUAUAUGUGACAUAUACUGGUGGCGAAGGGUGCCGGCGAGGAAACAGGUGUCCAGGUGUCGAAGGUGCAAGAGAAAGUACGACCCAGUGCCGUACGACAGGAUGUGGGGCUACGCUGAGUUCCACUGCCAGGAGUGUGGCCAUGUCUUUGGGGGGUUUGGCCAGAUGGGUCUGCCUGCGCCGUGCUACAUCUGCUCCAGCCACGUCACCCCCCUGCGGAUCCUUCCGCCAAAGAAGAGCCUGGGCCCUCACAGCCCCAGGCCCCACAGCUGUUACGCUGAGGAUUGCUACAACCGCCAAGAGCCUCACAUCCCAGGCACCCACUGUGUCCACCCUCGAAGCCGGCAGAAAAGGGGUCUGCCGAAGGUUCUGUACCCCAGCCCGGGGCACUUGAGCACGGGAUCCACGGUGGCCACUUGCCUGAGUCAGGGCAGCCUGAUGGAGUGCCCCGUGGACGAGAUAAUCGCCGAGGACAUUCUGGAGGAGGAUGAGGAGGCCACGGAGGACGAGAUGCCCGCGGCGGACAUCCUCGACCAGUCGACCGAAGACGAGGAAGACUCGACGGAGAAGUCUGACAGCGUCAACAACGAUAACGGCAACGAGAGGCCCCGUGACAGAUUGUCCGAAUGAGGGCGCGAGGAACUGCAGAUGUUGGAACCUUGAGCAAAGCACAAAGUACUGGAGGAAUGAAUGAAUGAAUGGAUGAAUGGAUGAAUGGAUGGAUGAAUCACUGAUGACAAGUCUCAGUGAUCUCCUUUGCUUUGAAUUCUUUGCCCAACGGAACUCAACGGGUCAGGCAGCAUCUGUGAAAGACACAGACAAUUCACACAAAGUACUGGAAGAACUCUACAAGGUCAGGCAGCUUUUGUGGGCCAUGUUUUGGAUGGGGAACCUUCUUCAGACUGAUUGUAGUAAGGUGGAGAAAACUGGAAAGGAGAGGUGGAGCUGUGACAGAGUUUUGUGGAGGAAAUGGGCAGGUGACGUUUCAGAGUGGGACCCUUCUUCAGACUGAUUCUAUUAGGGUGGAGAAAGCUGGAAAGGAGAGGUUUGGGCUGGGACAAAGUUCUGUGAAGGAUACAGGUAAUAUUUUCGAUCAGGAAUGUCAUUGUCCUACCUGGGACACAUGACAAUAAACUCUCUUGAAUCUUUAAUUUUCAUCAGACUAAUUGUGGUUGGGUGGAGAAAGGUGGAAAGGGGAGGUUUGGGCUGGGAUGUAGUUUUGUGGAGGAUUUUUUUGCGACAUUUUGAAACAGGACCCUACAAUCAGCUUGAAGAAGGGUCUCGACCCGAAACGUCGUCUGCCCAUUCCCUCCACUGCUGAGUUCUUCCAGCACUUUGUGUGAAUUAUCUGGAAGUUGAGUAAGGUUGAGUUUGUCAUGGAUGCACAGCCUCUCCUCCGUCAGUCCCAGGGUGAAGGUUUGGGCAGGAGACCCUUGCAAAGGAAAUUGGCACCGACUCGAAGCGGAGGCACCUGGAACUGCAGGCGCUGGGAAUCUUGAAUAAAACGCAAAGUGCUGGAGGAACUCAGCAGGGCAGGCAGCAUCUGUGGAAGGGGAAUGGUGUCGGGACCCUUCUUCAUACUGAUGGUUGUCGGGUGGAUAAAGCAGGAAAAGGAGGUGGGGUUGCAUAGUCUUGGUGUGUGAGUUUCUCCAGCACUUUGUUUUUUUGACCAGCUGUUGGUUUCUGAGAUUAGGUCUUACUGAAAUUCCCCCCCUCCCCCCUCCCCCCCAAAAAAAAAUAAGAAAGCAAUUUGCAAAAACAAAUAAUUU